UCGCCUCCACCUUUUUCUCCCCCACACUUCGCGGCUUCUUCAUGCUUUUUCUUCUCACCAUUUCUGGCCAAAACUACAAACAAGACUUCGCAGAUCGAGCCUGCGUGCUGCCGAAGCAGGGCGCCGAGUCCAUGCGAACUGCCAUCUGAUCCGCUCUUAUCAAUGAAGCAGCCGAUCAUGGCGGAUGGCCCCCGGUGCAAGAGGCGCAAACAAGCCAAUCCCAGGAGGAAAAACGUGGUGAACUAUGACAACGUAGUGGACGCAGGUUCUGAGACAGACGAGGAAGACAGGCUUCACAUUGCUGAGGAUGACAGUAUUGUAAACCCUGUGGACCAGGAGACUAGUCCAGCUAGCAUGCCCAACCAUGAGUCCUCCCCACACAUGAGCCAAGGGCUGCUUCCACGAGAGGAAGAAGAUGAUGGGAUAAGGGAAAGCAUUGUGGAGCACAGCUGGCACAGCAGUGAGAUUCUGCAAGCCUCCGUAGACGGUCCAGAAGAAAUGAAGGAAGAUUAUGAUGCUAUGGGGCCAGAAGCCACGAUCCAGACCACAAUUAACAAUGGUACAGUUAAGAAUGCAAAUUGCACAUCAGACUUUGAGGAAUACUUUGCCAAAAGAAAACUGGAGGAAAGAGAUGGCCACGCAGUCAGCAUAGAAGAGUAUCUUCAGCGAAGCGACACGGCCAUUAUUUACCCAGAAGCCCCUGAGGAGCUGUCUCGCCUUGGCACGCCAGAGGCCAAUGGGCAAGAGGAAAAUGACCUGCCACCUGGAACUCCAGAUGCUUUUGCCCAACUGCUGACCUGCCCCUACUGCGACCGCGGCUACAAGCGCUUGACAUCGCUGAAGGAGCACAUCAAGUACCGCCACGAGAAGAAUGAAGAGAACUUUUCCUGCCCUCUUUGUAGCUACACGUUCGCCUACCGCACCCAGCUCGAGAGGCAUAUGGUGACGCACAAGCCAGGGACAGAUCAGCACCAGAUGCUCACCCAAGGGGCAGGUAACCGCAAAUUCAAGUGCACAGAGUGUGGCAAGGCCUUCAAGUACAAGCACCACCUGAAAGAACACCUGAGAAUUCACAGUGGUGAAAAACCUUACGAAUGCCCAAACUGCAAGAAACGCUUCUCUCAUUCUGGGUCCUACAGUUCACAUAUCAGCAGCAAGAAAUGUAUUGGUUUAAUCUCAGUCAAUGGCCGAAUGAGAAACAAUAUCAAGACGGGUUCUUCCCCUAAUUCUGUUUCUUCUUCUCCUACUAACUCAGCCAUUACUCAACUAAGGAACAAGUUGGAAAAUGGAAAACCACUUAGCAUGUCUGAGCAGACAGGCUUACUUAAGAUUAAAACAGAACCACUAGACUUCAAUGACUAUAAAGUUCUUAUGGCAACACACGGGUUUAGUGGCACUAGUCCCUUUAUGAACGGUGGACUUGGAGCCACCAGCCCCUUAGGUGCACACCCAUCUGCUCAGAGUCCAAUGCAGCACUUAGGUGUAGGGAUGGAAGCCCCUUUACUCGGGUUUCCCACUAUGAAUAGUAACUUGAGUGAGGUACAAAAGGUUCUACAGAUUGUGGACAAUACGGUUUCUAGGCAAAAGAUGGACUGCAAGACCGAAGACAUUUCAAAGUUGAAAGGUUAUCACAUGAAGGAUCCAUGUUCUCAGCCAGAGGAACAAGGGGUAACUUCUCCUAAUAUCCCACCUGUCGGUCUUCCAGUAGUGAGUCAUAAUGGUGCCACUAAAAGUAUUAUUGACUAUACCUUAGAAAAAGUCAAUGAAGCCAAAGCUUGCCUCCAGAGCUUGACUACUGACUCAAGGAGACAGAUCAGUAAUAUAAAGAAGGAGAAGCUCCGUACUUUGAUAGAUUUGGUCACUGAUGACAAAAUGAUUGAGAACCACAGCAUAGCGACUCCAUUUUCAUGCCAGUUCUGUAAAGAAAGCUUCCCAGGCCCUAUUCCACUGCAUCAGCAUGAACGCUACCUGUGUAAGAUGAACGAAGAGAUCAAGGCGGUCCUGCAACCUCACGAAAACAUGGUCCCCAACAAAGCUGGAGUUUUUGUUGAUAAUAAAGCCCUCCUCUUGUCAUCUGUACUUUCUGAGAAAGGACUGACAAGCCCCAUCAACCCAUACAAGGACCACAUGUCUGUACUCAAAGCGUACUAUGCUAUGAACAUGGAGCCCAACUCUGACGAACUGCUGAAAAUCUCCAUUGCUGUGGGCCUUCCUCAGGAAUUUGUGAAGGAAUGGUUUGAGCAAAGAAAAGUCUACCAGUAUUCGAAUUCCAGGUCGCCAUCACUGGAAAGGACCUCCAAGCCGUUAGCUCCCAACAGUAACCCCACCACAAAAGACUCUUUGUUACCCAGGUCUCCUGUAAAACCUAUGGACUCCAUCACAUCACCAUCUAUAGCAGAACUCCACAACAGUGUUACGAGUUGUGAUCCUCCUCUCAGGCUAACAAAAUCUUCCCAUUUCACCAACAUUAAAGCAGUUGAUAAACUGGACCACUCAAGGAGUAAUACUCCUUCUCCUUUAAAUCUUUCCUCCACAUCUUCUAAAAACUCCCACAGUAGCUCGUACACUCCAAAUAGCUUCUCUUCUGAGGAGCUGCAGGCUGAGCCGUUGGACCUGUCAUUACCAAAACAAAUGAGAGAACCCAAAAGUAUUAUAGCCACAAAGAACAAAACAAAAGCUACUAGCAUAAACUUAGACCACAACAGUGUUUCUUCAUCAUCUGAAAAUUCUGAUGAGCCUCUGAAUUUGACUUUUAUCAAGAAAGAGUUUUCAAAUUCUAAUAACCUGGACAAUAAAAGCACUAACCCUGUGUUCGGCAUGAACCCAUUUAGUGCCAAGCCUUUGUACACAGCUCUUCCACCACAGAGCGCAUUUCCCCCUGCCACUUUCAUGCCACCGGUCCAGACCAGCAUCCCCGGGCUACGACCAUACCCAGGGCUGGAUCAGAUGAGCUUCCUACCACAUAUGGCCUAUACCUACCCGACGGGAGCAGCUACCUUUGCUGAUAUGCAGCAAAGGAGGAAAUACCAGAGGAAACAAGGAUUUCAGGGAGAAUUGCUUGAUGGAGCACAAGACUACAUGUCAGGCCUAGACGACAUGACAGACUCCGAUUCCUGUCUGUCUCGAAAGAAGAUAAAGAAGACAGAAAGUGGCAUGUAUGCAUGUGACUUAUGUGACAAGACAUUCCAGAAAAGCAGUUCCCUUCUGCGACAUAAAUACGAACACACAGGAAAGAGACCACACCAGUGUCAGAUUUGUAAGAAAGCGUUCAAACACAAACACCACCUUAUCGAGCACUCGAGGCUGCACUCGGGCGAGAAGCCCUAUCAGUGUGACAAAUGUGGCAAGCGCUUUUCACACUCGGGCUCCUACUCGCAGCACAUGAAUCACAGGUACUCCUACUGCAAGCGGGAGGCGGAGGAGCGGGAAGCGGCCGAGCGCGAGGCGCGAGAGAAAGGGCACUUGGAACCCACCGAGCUGUUGAUGAACCGGGCUUACUUGCAGAGCAUCACCCCUCAGGGGUACUCUGACUCGGAGGAGAGGGAGAGCAUGCCGAGGGAUGGCGAGAGCGAGAAGGAGCACGAGAAGGAGGGCGAGGAGGGUUAUGGGAAGCUGCGGAGAAGGGACGGCGACGAGGAGGAAGAGGAGGAAGAGGAAGAAAGUGAAAAUAAAAGUAUGGAUACGGAUCCCGAGACGAUACGGGAUGAGGAGGAGACUGGGGAUCACUCGAUGGACGACAGUUCAGAGGAUGGGAAAAUGGAAACCAAAUCAGACCACGAGGAAGACAAUAUGGAAGAUGGCAUGGAAUAAACUACUGCAUUUUAAGCUUCCUAAUUUUUUUUCCAGUAGUAUUGUUACCUGCUUGAAAACACUGCUGUGUUAAGCUGUUCAUGCACGUGCCUGACGUUUCCAGGAAGCUGUAGAGAGGGACAGAAGGGGCAGUUCAGCCAAGACAGAUUUAGAUGGAGUUGGAUAUUGUUAAAAACUGCAUUAUGCAAAAAUUUUGUACAGUGUUAAGGCCUAAAAACUGUGUGGUUCAGAGACUAAUUCCUGUGUUUAAUAGCAUUUAUACUUUAAGCACAACUAGAAAAUUCUAAGAAUUGCACUCUACGUAUGUAUCACUACAAACUUAAAAAAAAUUAUGUCUAAUUUAUAUUAAUACAUUUUAAAAGGUGCCCGCACUACCAUACAUCAGUAUUUUAUUAUUAUUAUUAUUGUUAUUCCUGUUUAAUUUAAUGUGCCCGCACUACAGUGCAUCAGUAUUACGAUUCCUCUAUACUUUCCUUUCGCUAUUCAUGAAUUUUCCCAUUGUUUUACAGCCUAAGUAACCACACACUUUUAGGCCUCAAUUUUUUUUUUUUUU